AUGGCUACUAAGGCUACUAGUGUGAAUGGAAAGAGAAAGAGAGUUGUGCUUACAUUGACACAAAAGUUAGAAGUGCUGAGUUUGUUGGACAAAUCAGUUUCUUACUCAAUUAUCUGCUGCAAGUUUAACAUUGGGCGUAGUACUGUGGGUGACAUCAAAAGGAACAAAGAGAAAAUUCUCCAAUUCAGGAAAGAUACAGUAGAAAUGGGUAUGAGACAUGAACUGAAAUCAAUGAAGCUUGUUUCAAUAGAGAAGCUCUGCCCUGACCAAAUAUUUAACUGCGAUGAGACUGGUCUAUACUUCCGUCUUCUACCAGAGAAGACACUUGCUGCAUCGUUUGAGAAGUCUGCCAAAGGACGAAAAAAAUCAAAAGAUCGAGUUACAUUGAAUGUAUGCUCCAAUGCUUCGGGGUCCAUUAAGCUGAAACUACACUUGAUUGGUAAAUCUAUCAAACCAAGAUGUUUCAAGUCUCUUAAUGUGGAUUCCUUACCUGUUAGGUACUCAGGACAGAAAAGUGCAUGGAUGACGGCUGUUCUCUUUCUCGAUUGGUUUCACGAGGCAUUUGUUCCUUAUGUUUGUCAAGAACUGAUCAAGCUUGGUUUAGAGCCCCGAGCAGUACUUACUUUGGACAACUGUUCGGCCCACCCACACUCCGACCUGUUAGUCAGUACAUGCGGGAAGAUAACAGCAAUAUAUUUGCCCCCUAACGUUACAUCCUUAAUCCAACCAAUGGACCAGGGGGUAAUGGAAGCUCUGAAGUUACGGUACAAGAAAAAGCUCCUUCGCAAACUCCUAAUUGAAGAUGAUAGAGGGAUUUCAGUGGUCGAGUUCCUUAAAGGUGUAGAUAUGAAAAAAGUUUCAUAUCUUGUUGCUGAAGCGUGGGAUGAGAUAGAUCCCAGUACAUUGAGAAAAUCUUGGCGAAAAAUAUUGCCUCUUAGUGGGAUCACCCAAAAAGAGAUUCUCUCCAUAACAGCUUCCCAUUCUCAUCAAUCUACUGUUGUAUCAAGAAUUCUUGGCCCCUUAUUUGAGGAGGCCAACCUGAAUGACGAUUUUUUUACGCUCAAAUCAGUUGCUGUACCUGAAACGAAGACAUACAGCUAUGGUUACUCUCAAGGCAUUCGUUUUAGACCCAAAUUUGUUCCCACUCUAUCAACUAUAACCAGUGAGGAGCAGUCCUCCGAGCAAGAAUUUCAAGGAGUACUAAAACAAAUUAGGUAUCAGCUAAGUGAAACUGAAAUUCGAACUUGGCUUGACAGUGACUUGAAUGACCCGGGAAUUCAGAUGUUGACAGACUCACAGAUAUGUGAUUCUGUGUUGGACGAUCCUCACACUGAUAGUGAAGAUGAAGAUGAAGAUGAACAACCAGUUAUCUCUCACAGCGAAGCCGCAUUCAUGUUCGAGCAAUGUUUGACCUGGUUGGAGCAUCAACCAGAGGUCAAUACGUAUAACACAACGUGUGUUCGACAGCUACAAACUUUAGCAGCUGAAAAGAGACUAAGCACGAUAAAGCAAUCUGAAAUAACGACGUUUUUUGGACCAUGUACAUAG